AUGGCCGCCCAUCACUCCUACUAUCACCCAACAAUGGCCAUGAACAUGCCAUCAAAGGCUCCAGCACCAGCUGGUCUUUACCCAGUCGGCCGUGUUGCCGUGGCGCCAUCUGACUUCUCCGACACCAGCUCAACCGCUGGAAGUCGUACCACGGGGUACAGUGUUCCCUCAAGCGGUUAUGCCGGCAGCAUUGGCGAUUACGAAUCCAGUUCGAUGUCUGGAGUCGAUGUCGUUGACAUGCUGAAUGACCGAGUGCACGACGCUUUCGACCCGACACCGCUGGAUCGCGGAUUGGUGACACAGGCGCAGACUUCCGGCCAUCUGAACGCAAAACAGCAAGAGCUGCUCGAACUGCAAGCGCUCGCUCAGCGACGCCUGAAGGGAGUUCGCUCCAAUUUCAACGAAGGGCUGAAAACGGCGCGAGAGACGAAGAGAGAUCUCGAGUGGACGUCGAAACGCGUGAGUGCCCUCAAGUCUAAGGCUGAGAAAGCGCAUCCCGACGAGUAUCGCCGUGCCACGAAGAAGUACGCCUAUAGCGACGAGUACUAG